UGAAAACAGGAAGUGUAGUUUGUAAUGUUUAGCAUGUAAACAGAGCUGAGAUGUUUGAGGAGGCUGAGCCUCCCCGGGGUUGUCCCUCCAUGGAGGUGGCGGUUGUCCCUGAGAACAGCUGCGGACAGGUGGAGGACAUCCUGAAGGCACAGCUGUGUCCUGCGAGCUGUCUGCUCUGCUGCCUGUCUUCAGGGGGACAGCUGGAGCUGUGGGACCCGGCCAGCAGAGAGGCUUCCCUGCUCCGAGCUGACGGCUGCUUCACUGACUUCUCCUGGGAGGAGGUGUCGGCCCAGAGUCGAGGCGUCAGCAGCUUUCGUCUGUUAGCUGUUGGAUCUCAGGGUGAGCUGAAGCUGCUGGAAGUGGAAGCAGAACAUUCCUCCAGUGUUUCUUUGCUCUGUGAGUGCGAGUGUCCAGCAGUCUGUGUACUGAACACUAUCCAGGAGCAGAACCAAAAUGUGGACGAGCUGCAGUCUGUUCAGGUUUUGUGUUUCGUGGACGGUCAGUGCUGCGUGCUGGUGAACAGUGAGUGGCUGCUACGUCUGCAGUGGCUGCAGGCGGAGGAGGAAACCCACACCUUACUGUGCUGCAGAGUCCAGCUGACCAACGGAGAUCCAGCUGUUCACCAUUGUAUCUGUGCAGAAACCCUCUUCAUCCUCAGCUCCAUGGGGCUCAUAUCUGUGUACAACAUGACAGACGGCGUCCUGCUGGCCACCAUCAACCUGCCUGCCUACCUGACCUCUGACCUCGCAGACGGAGAGGUGACCUCUUCUUCGUUCUGCAGAGUCCAGGUGUCAGCUGAUCUGAGUACAGCUGUAGCUGUGACACAGUCACAUACGGCUGUUGCUGUAGACCUGAACCACUACUUCAGGAUGUAUCCGGACCACCUGCUCUGUACCAUCCCACAGUCCUGCCCCCCUCUGCAACCCAAGCAUUCACAGGACCAAGACAGUGUGUCCAGCUCCAGCUGCAGUCUAGUUGCCCUUGGAUCUCCCUUCAGUGAUGACCGCUCUUGGGAAGCUCGUCUGGCUUCCAUGUACAACAGAGCCGUGCAGCCUGAAGCUUGCUCCUCCUCCCAGCCUGCAGAACUGUGCUGGUCCUCCUCGUUGCUCCACCUUCAGUCCCAGCUGGUUCCGUCCCCAGUCCUCAGCAGAGCUCCUCCUGGAGGGGCAGUCGUCGUCCUGUCCGUCCCCGAACCGUCCUCUGCAUUACUGCUCAGCGUCUCAGAGUUCUCGGUCCUUCUGACCUUUGUCACCCCUGGAAACCGACAGACCACAGUGGCCUUGUGGGAUUUGGAGUCUGGGAGCGUGAGCUACCACCGGGCCGAGGGCGAGGCGGCUCCAGUCCAGUUCUGUGGGGAGAGACAGCACCGACUGCUGCUGAAGAAAGGCGGUGUGGUCCAGGUCCUGUUCUCUGUGAGCCAGCAGGACCUGCUGAGCAGAUUGAUGCUGUUUGGCAGCACUGCAACGGUGGAUGCUGUUUGUCACCUGAACAGCUGGGGGCGCUGCUCCAUCCCCUUUCACACCUUAAAGGCUGGACUGAAGAACCGUCAGCUUGACACGGUGGAUUUUUAUCUGAAGAGUAAAGAAAAUGUCCUGAAUGUUGGUGAUCAGCCUUCAGAGUCCAGACUGAGCCUGACAGAUGGGGUGAAGGACCUGUGUCCUGCAUUGGACCUGUUGUGUUCAGCGGUCAGAGACUCAAACAGUGAAGCUCAGAGUCGACAGUUUUCAGAGCAGCUGCUGCACAUCACCAUGAGCUUCAUCCACACACAGAUCAGAUCUGUUCUGUGCUCCUCUCAGUAUGAUCAGCCAGAUGUUCAGAGCUGUGUGGACAUGUUGGACCGGUACGUCACAGAGUUGAGGAGCUACAUGAAGAGGUUCCCCUGGGCCAGUAGCAGUGCUACUCCUCUUCCUCAGGAGGAGGUGGAGUCAGAAGAAUGGCUUCAACUUUCCACUGAGGAAGUGGUCCGUCAGUCCAUUCUGACCAAUCAGAUCCCCAGAGCUCAGGCUGUGUUGCGGAGGUCCGAUCGGCCGGAGCAGCACCUGUCGGCUCUGAGGAUGGAAGGUCUGCGUCAGGUUUUCUCCUGCCUGCAGCACAAAGACCUGCAGACUGCCAAGACCCUUCUCAUUAACAUGGGUCUGAGUGUGAAGAAGCAGCUCCACAGCAUCUGUAUCUACACUGAUGAUACAACCCUCAGGGAAUUAUUGGUAGAAGAGCUGUCCAAUCAGAGCUCCUUAUCUGUGGAGGAGAUGAAGAGCGUUGUGUUCAUCAGGGAGAUGGAGAAGCUUGGGUUGCUGCCAGCUGCACGCUGCUCACCUCGGACUUUAUCACAUAGGUUUCCUCACAUGGACCAUAAGGGAGAAGGUGAGAAGGUUCUGAAGGAGCUGCUGGAUCAGAGGAGGCCCGAGGAGAUGGGAGACCUCUGGAGGAACCUCAGACUGGACUGGGUGAGGAACUGGGACCAGAGCUGCCAGACAGCUGUGCUCUUAUCCAGACUGAACCAUAGAGAGCUCAGCUGCUGUGACCCUCCAGUGCUGUGGGGGUAUUUGACUGCCCUCCAUGACCAGCGGCGGGUGGUUGACUGGAUCCAGACUCAGGGGUCCAGCAGCUCCCCAUGCUGGCCAGAGAUCACCCCAGACCUGGUUAACGACAACACGCUGUGCAGCACCCUGAUGAGGGAGGACAUCCUGGACCUGCUGGCCAGGAGAGGGAUGUUCAUCCCCGACGAGAUGUCGGACCUGGAGCAGCUGUUCUGGAGACUGGCUCAAGGCGGGGGUCUGAUGGCGUCAGACCCACCUCUCCCUCAGUACCGCUCCUCUCAGGGCCUGGACUUCCACAGCAUGGUCAUCAUGUUCUGCCUGGAGCGGAACCUGCAGUACCUGCUCUACGUCUACCUGCAGCAUUACAGACUCACACCCAGGAACUGUCCUCCCCUGACGGAUCAGAACCUGUUCAAGACUCAUCCGUGGUUUGAGAUGCUGGUGAAGGUCCAGGAGAUAACCAGAGACCUGUCGGACCCUGAACUGGUGUUCCACGCCAGUUUGACCAGCGCUCAGGUGCUGCUACCCGGCAGCCAGGCCUCUUUGAGCAGUCUGCUGUUGGAGGGACACAGUCUGCUGGUGCUGGCUGCCAUCAUGUUCGCUCCUGGUGGAAUGGAUCAGGUGAUAGCUCAGGGUCAGAGGUCAGGCAGUCUGGGGAGAAUAGUGGACCCCCAGCUUCUGAAGAUGGCCCUGGCCCCUUAUCCCAAACUGAGAGCUGCCCUGUUUCCUGCUGGGUCCUGUGGAAACGGCUCAUAUUCUGACAUUUCCAUUUAUCAUCUCCUGCAGUCUCUUCAUCCUUUAGACCCAUCCAGACUGUUUGGCUGGCAGACUGCAAACACUCUGAACUUAACUGAAACAUCAGAGUUGCCUCAUUUCUCCUGCCCUCACCUUGUGAGCAAGUUCGCUUUAUUGGAGAACCUGGACUUUCUGUACUACAUCCGUCAUGGCCGACCUUCCUUUGCAUACGGCAACUUCCUUCUCCAGCAGCUCAGUGCCUGCAGUGACGUGAAGCUGCAGCUGCAGUGGGCCUGGCAGCAGGUGUACAGCUUGGUUCUGAAAAGUUUCAACCUUCCAUCUGUGACAUCAGCAGCUGUUUGUUUCUGUGAGCUGCUGGGAAUCUGCAGCCUCAAGCUGAGAGUCGACGUUCGAGCCUUCAACACCAUCCUGCAGCACUGGAACCAGCAGCACCGACACACUCCUGCAGAAAAUCUACAGGCUUUGAUGUACAAAGCUGCAAAACUGGUGGAGUCGGAGUCUGAAGUAGCGGAGGAGCUGAUUGGUUACCUGGAAGCUGCAGCCUCAGAUAGUUUGGAGCAAAGGGGCAUUAACAGGUCGUCAUACGAUGCAGCUCAGGAGUGGGCGGGGCCUGUUCAGUUCUGUCAGCUACACGGUUUGAGGCUCAGUCCGGUUUAUCCCAGCCACUGUGCUGAGGAUGGAAACUUCAUCCACUUCUUAGUGUUUGUGCAGCUUCACAACUACCCACCUCAGCAGGUCCGGUCCCUGGUCUCUCAGUUUGGCCACUCGCUAGAGGCCCACCUGAAUCUGGUGUUUCAGGACUUGCAGGUUCACAGUCACAGAACAGACCCUGACAAACAUUUAGGAUCUCUGGGGACAGAAGAGACUUCUGAGAAUCUGGAACAUCCUGUGGAGGUGUUCCAGGUCCUCCUUCAGAGCCAGGAAGAGCCUGUACCAUGCCGGUACCUCCUGCACAAGGCCCUGGACCAGCGAUGUCCGGUUCUAGCAGUACUGGCUGCCUGUGUGCAGAAAUCUGAGACGCUGGCGUGUCUUUGUGUGUGGGUGCUGACCUCUGUGGAUGAUGUUACUGCUGAAGAAGCCACGUCUCACCUGGCUGAAGCGCCCCAGCACCACGAGUGGUCCCUGCAUGACCUGUCAAUCAUCUGGAAGACGCUGCUGGGGCGGGGCCUCGUCAGACCACUUCUCCAUGGCUUUAAGCUCUUUCAGAGGGAAUGCCCUCUGGUUUUAAUGCUGAGCAUGUUUGAGUUGUGCUGCGACUACAGGAAAUUCAAAGAGGCCAAAACGAAAUUACUGGACUUCCAAAAGACGCUCAUUACACUCAGAAACGGCGUCUCGGCUCCGUCUAACAGCCUGCCGGUGCAGUGGGUGGAGAGCCAUGCCUCUGUGCUGCUGCUCAUGAUGCUGCAGCGCUCCUCCUCUCAGUAUGACCUCCAUCGCCUGCUGCAGCUGCUGGCUGGUGUCGACAAUAUCCUCAAAUCCACUGGUCCAGACUUCAAGAAGCUAAGUCAGCUGAGUCAGAUUCUUCAGGGCUCAGGAGUCAGUCUCCCAUCCAGACUUCUCCAGUGCAGUUCCACUUCUGUCCAGCAGGAGGAGUUCCAGCUCACUGUGGAUGCUCUCCAAACCAGAGGCCACUACAGCCGGGCCAGGGAUGUGGCCCUUUUGGCUGGCCUGCCUGUCCAUCGCCUCCUCCUGAACCAGCUCUCUCAGGAAGUGACCUCCCAAAGGACUAAACAGCCGUGGAGGCGCCUGGAGAAGCGGGUCACGUUCUGGAGGAAGUGUCACAAGCAGCUGGAAGCCGACAGCACUGAUCCAGAGUCAGCCUCUCAGUUUUUCCUAUCUCAGAGUGAGUGUGGGGCCACCGACCCCCCUGCUGGUGACGAGGCCCAGACGAGGCUGCUUGAUAUCCAGGAGCACUGUCUGCUGCUCCAGCUCACGGCUCACUGGCUCGCUCAGAUCAGCCCGUUUCCUCUGGACAGACUAGAAAAACUGGAGAAGAAGCUGUGGCUCAGCCGUGUCCAGAAAGAUGUCCUCACUGCUGCGAUGGAGCAGGAGAGCAUGUUUAACCUGCCGCCGGCCGUCAGCCCGGAAACCAACGCCUACCAGGAGUUCCUCAGGGAGUUCUCCUUCUCUAACAUAGCGGAGCUGAACGUGGAGCGGUACCUGGAUCUGGAGGGCCUCCCGGCUCCCUCCCAGGAGCUGCAGGAUGAGUCUGACCUGAGUGUGGAGGAGAGAGGGGUCCUCACAGCACUCGUCGAUCAGUUACUGGAUGAGGGCAGGAUCCAUGAAGCCAGCCGUGUCUGCCGCUACUUCUCCCUGAGCCACCCAGACGUGUGGCUGCUGCUGCGCUGUCACGCCUUGGCACGUGGAGACCUGAGACCUGACCCGCCAGAGGAGCCUGCAGAAGCUGCAGAUGGACAGGGCAUCCCUACAUCCUCCUCACGCAGCAGCCUGUCCUCGUUUGUCCUGCAGCUCCCCGAGGACACGGUCUCAGUCCAGCUCCAGAGACUGAUGGCUCAGUGUCGCCGUGGGAGCAACUACUGCAAACAGGUUCUGAGUCUGUAUCAGCUCUCCAAGGAGCUGCAGUGUACGUACCAUCAGAUCUGCCUGGACGACCCUGGCUGUGUUCUGGAGAAGCUUCUGCUACUGGAGCAGCCGGAUUGUUUCAGGAAGGCUCAGAGCUUCAUCAGAGCUCAGGGUCUGGGUGCUGAGGCUGUGGCAGAGCUGCUGUCCUCUGCUAUGGUCCAGGCGCUGCUGGCGUCCACCCAGGAGCUGCAGCCUGGAAAGAAGCAGAUUUUCAGGCCGUCAGAAGGCCAGGACUCUCUGGUGCAGCUGAUCAAACUGUGUGAUGACCCCAACCUGGUGGGACUCAGACUGCUGGAGAACCUCACCACCGUUCCUCUGAGAGACCUGAACUGCAUCGUUGAGCUGCUGAUUGUGGCUCACAGCUGUUUCAGCCUCACCUGUAACAUGGAGGGGAUCGUCAGGGUGCUCCAGGCUGCUCGUCACAUCAGCCACACCUACCUGGCUCCAGGAGAGCACCACAGCCUGCUGGUGCGACUGUUGACAGGUAUUGGCCGAUAUAAUGAAAUGACGUACGUCUUUGACCUGCUACAUCAGAACCAUUGUUUUGAGAUGCUCCUCAGAAAGAAGUUGGACACAGAGAGAGGACAGAGCUCCGGUCUGAAGAUGGCUCUGCUGGAUUACAUCAAGCGCUUCCUCCCUGCAGACAGUGAGAAGCACAACAUGGUGGCGCUGUGUUUCAGUAUGAGGAGGGAGAUCGGAGAGAACCAUGAGAUGGCAGCCAGAACGCAGCUGAAGAUGAUCGAGUCUCGAAUGUGGGUCGUCACUCCUGAGCUGAAGAGUUCGUUGAACAAAGUGUUGGCUCUGCUGAAGGAUGCUGCUGAGAGCUUCUCCAAGGACUCGUGUGUACGUCAGGCCACUCGUUGUGUUCAGACUGCUAAACUGGUUGCUCUCCAGCUGCACUUCCUGAACCAGGGAGCUGACCUGCGCAUCAUCAACCUCCGGCCUGCAGAGAUGCCAGCUGCCAUCAUGGCUCUGCCCAGAUGUUAUCAGGUUUUCGUCUUGUCCGAGGCGUACUCCUACAGUCCAGACUGGCCUGACAUUUUGUACCAGAAGGUGGUCCUGAAGGGAGACUUCGUUUACCUGGAGGAGCUGAAACGCCACCGCCCCCUCACCUCCACUCUUUUUGAAGACAUCUUUAGGAAGCUGGACAGCUCCCCUGGCAGCUCCACCUCCAACGUGAAGCGCCUGCUGACCUACUGUGAUGAUGCAUACACUCGGUACAGACUUGCCUACCAGCAGAAUCUGUUUGACGUCACCAAGACAUUGCUGCAGGACAACAAAACUUCCAACUACCUAAAUGAUCGGCUUGCCAGCUGAUCAGGGACCAGUCAGAUGGGUUGUUGCACCAUCGUAGUUACGUGGCCAGGACAAAUCCAGGGGAAAAUCGAACACAUUGCCUUAUCUCAAACCUUAUUUAGAAUAUUCUAAUUACUUUUUUACUUUAAAAAUUAAAAAAAUAAAAUGAAAUAUUGUAGAAAAUAAAAUGUUGAAUGAAUUAUUUGAUGAUUAAACCAGUUGAUAUGCAA